AUGGAUCCGACGCAGAACUCCAAGUUCCAGCUACACGAGGCUGCCCGAGAGGGCAAGACUCAGAUCGUGGAGUCUCUUCUUAGUACCAACCCCAAGGCCGCAAACACCAAAGAUGAUGACGAUCGACUUCCUAUUCAUUGGGCUGUUGCCUACAAUCAUCUACCCGUUGUUGAGUUGCUAGUUGCAGUGAAGAGCUUUGACCCGGAUGUCGAGGAUGGAUCUGGCUGGACGCCACUCAUGAUUGCUGCCAGUCUCAAAGAGUCAGGUGGUGAACAAAUCGUAGAUUUGCUCAUCAAGAAGGGAGCGGACGUGAAUGUCAAAAGUAACUCAGGACAGAAUGCGCUACAUUUCGCCAGCUCCAAGGGCAACAUUUCUAUUGUGCGAACUUUAAUCGCCAAUAAGUGCAGCGCUCGAGUGAAGGAUAUCCGUGGACAAUUGCCACUGCAUCGCGCGGCGGCCGUAGGCUCUGUACCAAUUUUAAAGACUCUUCUAGAAGAGGGAAAGAGCCCGGUGAACGCAACAGAUGGUGAUGGCUUGACCGCACUGCACCAUGCAGUGUCAGAAGGACAUGGUGAUGCAGCAAUCUUACUGCUCAAAUCAGGGGCCGAAGCCGAUAAACGGGACAACGAUGGGCGAUUGGCCGUUGAUUUAGUGCCAGAUGACAAGGUCAAGCAAUACAUUAUUCAGACUGCAGAGAGAGAAGGAAUUGAUCUGCCCUGA